UACUCUACAGAGCUGAAGAAGCUGUACUGUCAGAUCGCCAAGACGUGUCCCAUCCAGAUCAAGGUGCUGACCAACCCCCCACAGGGCGCUGUCAUCAGAGCCAUGCCCGUUUACAAGAAGGCAGAGCACGUCACCGAGGUGGUCAAACGCUGCCCCAACCACGAGCUCAGCCGCGAGUUCAACGACGGUUAGUUAGUUAUGUCUCUCUCCUAAAUUAACAAUAAAAGUCACACACUGUUCUCUCCUUGUAGAAUUCAAUGAUGGUUAGUUAGUUAGUGUAUAUACCCCUCUAAGACACUCCUAAAGCACUAUUGAAAACGUAUUUAUCUUAUAUAAAUAUAAACAUGCAACAUAUUCUGCUGUUUAAGGUCAACUCCAUUAGUUAAUCAUAUCUCUCAGGAAAUGCUCCUUGCAGGGAGCAUUUAGUUACCAACGGUUUGGAUCACAUCUAGGUUUGGAUCACAGGACUAUAUCUAGGUUUAGAUCACAGGACUACAUCUAGGUUUGGAUCACAGGACUACAUCUAGGUUUGGAUCACAGGACUACAUCUAGGUUUGGAUCACAGGACUACAUCUAGGUUUGGAUCACAGGACUACAUCUAGGUUUGCUAGCCCUCUCAGAUGUUUCCUGUACCAUGACGUUAUUAACUAACCUUUACCUCUCAGAUGCUUCCUGUACCAUGACGUUAUUAACUAACCUUUACCUUUCAGAUGUUUCCUGUACCAUGACGUUAUUAACUAACCUUUACCUCUCAGAUGCUUCCUGUACCAUGACGUUAUUAACUAACCUUUACCUUUCAGAUGUUUCCUGUACCAUGACGUUAUUAACUAACCUUUACCUCUCAGAUGCUUCCUGUACCAUGCCGUUAUUAACUAACCUUUACCCCUCUCAGAUGCUUCUUGUACCAUGACGUUAUUAACUAACCUUUACCCCUCUCAGAUGCUUCUUGUACCAUGACGUUAUUAACUAACCUUUACCUCUCAGAUGCUUCCUGUACCAUGACGUUAUUAACUAACCUUUACCUCUCAGAUGUUUCCUGUACCAUGACGUUAUUAACUAACCUUUACCUCUCAGAUGCUUCCUGUACCAUGACGUUAUUAACUAACCUUUACCUCUCAGAUGUUUCCUGUACCAUGACCUUAUUAACUAACCUUUACCUUUCAGAUGUUUCCUGUACCAUGACGUUAUUAACUAACCUUUACCUCUCAGAUGCUUCCUGUACCAUGACGUUAUUAACUAACCUUUACCUCUCAGAUGUUUCCUGUACCAUGACGUUAUUAACUAACCUUUACCUCUCAGAUGCUUCCUGUACCAUGACGUUAUUAACUAACCUUUACCUCUCAGAUGCUUCCUGUACCAUGACGUUAUUAACUAACCUUUACCUUUCAGAUGUUUCCUGUACCAUGACCUUAUUAACUAUGCCUAAACUACCACUGAUGAACCAUUGAUAACUUAUUUAUCUACUUUGAUAUGAAUAUGAACAUGUAACAUGUUUUUUUGGUGGUUUGAUAAGCAUAGGGUAUGUUGUGUUUUGUAGGUCAGAUAGCCCCUCCCAGUCACCUGAUCCGAGUGGAGGGUAACAGCCAGUCCCAGUAUCUGGAGGACUCCAUCACGGGCCGUCAGAGUGUGCUGGUCCCCUACGAGCCCCCUCAGGUAAAGGCAUACCCCUCGUUGCCACCGGGCCACAGCCAUAGAGAUCCUAUUAAAGGACUAGAGGGGCUAUGUCAUAAAACCCUCCAAGUUCAAGUAACGGAGUGAAAAAUGGCAGCCAUGUUGGUCAGGGAGAAAUCCAAACCCGUCUCAUUUGAAUGAAUGGCAGUAGAGACAUAAUCCUGAUGUAUGCAGGACAAUAAAAAUAAGAGUGAUAUAUCAGAAAUUGUGUAAUAGAAUUAUUGUCAAAUAGUCAUAUAAUUAUAAAUACAGUUUAUAUGAGUUUUAUACCAAUUUUAUACAGCCUCUAAAAUAUAUGUAAACAGACCGUAGAUGUCUACAUUUGAGUUUUCUUGGAAAGCUGUGAUUGCUAUUAUAUGAGACAAUAUCAGUACUUGUUGCAUUUACAACUUGUCCAAGUCCUGUCAUCAACUGAUUUUCAGGCUGUGGAUUGACUGCAUUGUUUGAAUGGAAUGUUGUCACAUUGGCAGUUAAUUUGACAAAUUAAUGGAAUAAUUCCUCUAAAACUGGCUGCCUAGCUAGCUAACAAACAUACAGUGCAGAUAAACUUCAAAUUCAUUGUUUUACACAAUAGCUUAUGACAUCACUGGCUGACCACUGCCCUUACCAAAAUGGCUGACCUUUUAUACCGUCAUAAGAAGUUUCAUGUCCAUUUUAGUAUUCUAAUUCCUAAUUCUUUGGCCACAGCUCUGUCCCCUUUAAAACAGGCUGUGUCAGUGCCCUGUCCACCUACCUGUCUCCUUCCUGUCUCCCCUGUCUCCUCCUGUCCCUCCCGUGGUUAUGUCACCCUCCCUGUCUCUGUCCCUCCCUGUGUGAAUGUCCCCUCCCUGUCUCCCCUGUCCACCCUCCCUGUCUUUAAUCAGGCCCUGUCCCCCGUCCCCUCAUGUCUCCCCUGUCCCUCCUGCUCCCCCGUCCCCUCCCUGUCUCCCUUCCCCCCCUGUCUCCCCUGUCCCCUCCCUUCCCCUGUCCCCCCCUCCCCCUUCCCUCCCUUCCCCCUUUCCCCUCCAUUCUCCCUGUCCCCCCUGUCUCCCCUGUCCCCUCCCUCCUUCCUCCCCUCUCCCCCUCCCCUCCCUCUUCCCUUGUCUCCCCUUGUCCUCCCUCACUGUUCCUUCCCUCCUGUCCCCUCCCUCUCCCCUGUCCCCCCUCCCCUGUCUCCCCCUGCCCUCUUCCCCUCCCUGUCCCUCCCCCCUGUCCCCUCCCUGUCUCCCCUGUCCCCUCCUCCCCUUCUCUCCCUUUCCCUCCCUGUCCUCCCCUGUCCCCCAUUUCCCUGCCUCCCUCCCAUGUUCUACCCCUGUCCCUCCUGCUCCCCUGUCCCCUCCUGCCCCCGUCCCUCCCUGUGUCCCCUCCCUGUCUCCUGCCCGUCCCUUCCCUUUCCCCUUUACUCCCCUGUCCCUGCCAUGGUCUCCUUCCCCUCCGUCUCCCCUGUCCCCCCAUGUCUCCCCUGUCCCUCCCUGUUCUUCCCCUGGUCCCCUGUCCUCCGGGCCUGUCCCCCGCUGUCCCCCUUCCACUCCCUGAUCCCCUGUCCCCUCGUCUCCCUGUCCCCUCCUACGCUCCCUGUCCCCUCCAUGUCUCCAUUCCCCUCUGUCUCCUGUCCCCUCCAGUCUCCCCUGUCCCCCUCCAUGUCUCCCCUGUCCCCUCCCUGGUCUCCCCUGUCCACCUCCCUGUCUCCCAUGUCCCUCCCUGUCUCCCCUGUCCCCUCCCUGUCUCCCCUGUCCCCUCCCUGACUCCCCUGUCCCCUCCCUGUCUCCCCUGUCCCCUCCCUGUCUCCCCUGUCCCCUCCCUGACUCCCCUGUCCCCUCCCUGUCUCCCCUGUCCCUCCCUGACUUCCCCUGUCCCCUCCAUGUCUCCCCUGUCCCCUCCCUGUCUCCCCUGUCCCCUCCCUGUCUCCCCUGUCUCCUCCCUGUGUGUUAAUGUCCCCUCCCUGUCUCCUGAGUUUUAGGUUUUCAUUCACUAAAUGCUGUUGUGGUUCUCUUCCCUUCCUCUUCCAGGUGGGCACAGAGUUCACCACCAUCCUGUAUAACUUCAUGUGUAACUCCAGCUGUGUGGGAGGCAUGAACCGACGCCCCAUCCUCAUCAUCGUCACCCUGGAAACCAGAGAGUAAGACAUUUCAAUACAACUAUAUUGUCCCUCAAGGGGACAUCAAGACAAUCAAGUAUCAUCAGUGUCCCAGAUCUUAUUUGUGUUGUCCUGCCAACUUCCAUGGUCAUUAUCGUGCCAAACAGUUGACUGUGCAGCACAGAUCUGAUCUGGGACCAGGCUAAUGGUCAGAGCCACACAGUACACAGAGAGAGUUUGAACACGUGCUCUUUCCAUGACAUAGACUGACCAGGUGAAUCCAGGUGAUGUCGCUUGUUAAAUCUACUUCAAAUCGGUGUAGCUGAAGGGGAGGAGACAGGUUAAAGAAGGAGUUUUAAGCCUUGAGACAAUUGAGAUAUGGAUUGUGUAUGUGUGCCAUUCAGAGGGUUAAUGGGCAAGACACAAGAUUUAAGUGCCUUUGAACUGGGUAUGGUAGUAGGUGCCAGGUUUGGACAACAGCUGGUUUAUGUCAAGAACUGCAACGCUGCUGUGUUUUUCACGCUCAAACAGUUUCCCGUGUGUAUCAAGAACGGUCCACCACCCAAAGGACAUCCAGCCAACUUGAUAUAACUGUGGGAAGCAUUGGGGUCAACAUGGGCCAGCAUCCAUAUAGAACGCUUUUCGACACCUUGUGGAGUCCAUGUUCCGACAAAUUGACGCUGUUCUGAGGGCAAAAGGGGGGUGGGGGUGCAACUCAAUAUUAGGAGAGUAUUCCUAAUGUUUUUCACACUCAGUGUAAAUAAAUGUAUUAUAUAGUUCUCUAUACAUGGCUCUGGCUCUAGAUUGGUAUAUUAGCCCUCCCUAUAGAUGGUAAAGAAAUGUUGCUGACCUGGUAUAUCUCCGUCUGUGUCUCUCCUACCUCCCAGAGGUCAGGUGCUGGGUCGGCGAUGCUUCGAGGCCAGGAUCUGUGCGUGCCCUGGCCGGGACCGUAAGGCGGACGAGGACAGCAUCCGCAAGCAGCAUGUUACUGAUGGAACAAAGACCAGUGAGGGUAUGAAACGCCGUAAGUAGUGCUGGGAGCUGGUGGAGGACUGACUGACUGGCUGGCUGUGAUCAUACCAUACUCUCUCUGUCUCUCUGUCUCUCUCUCACACCAUCUCUGUUUCUCGCUCACACAGACACCCACUGCAUGCUGCCUGCCCCUGUGCUGUAGUCUCUCUCCUCCUACCCUGUGCUGUAGUCUCUCUCCUCCUACCCUGUGCUGUAGUCUCUCUCCUCCUACUCUGUGCUGUAGUUCUCUCAUCCUACCCUGUGCUGUAGUCUCUCUCCUCCUACCCUGUGCUGUAGUUCACUCUCCUCCUACCCUGUGCUGUAGUCUCUCUCCUCCUACCCUGUGCUGUAGUCUCUCUCCUCCUACCCUGUGCUGUAGUCUCUGUCCUACUACCCUGUGCUGUAGUCUCUCUCCUCCUACCCUGUGCUGUAGUCUCUCUCCUCCUACCCUGUGCUGUAGUCUCUCUCCUCCUACCCUGUGCUGUAGUCUCUCUCCUCCUACCCUGUGCUGUAGUCUCUCUCCUCCUACCCUGUGCUGUAGUCUCUCUCCUCCUACCCUGUCCUGUAGUCUCUCUCCUCCUACCCUGUGCUGUAGUCUCUCCUCCUACCUGUGCUGUAGUCUCUCUCUCCUACCCUGUGCUGUAGUCUCUCUCCUCCUACCCUGUGCUGUAGUCUCUCUCCUCCUACCCUGUGCUGUAGUCUCUCUCCUCCUACCCUGUGCUGUAGUCUCUCUCCUCCUACCCGUGCUGUAGUCUCUCUCCUCCUACCCUGUGCUGUAGUCUCUCCUCCUCCUACCCUGUGCUGUAGUCUCUCUCCUCCUACCCUGUGCUGUAGUCUCUGUCCUCCUACCCUGUGCUGUAGUCUCUCUCCUCCUACCCUGUGCUGUAGUCUCUCUCCUCCUACCCUGUGCUGUAGUCUCUCUCCUCCUACCCUGUGCUGUAGUCUCUCUCCUCCUACCCUGUUCUGUAGUCUCUCUCCUCCUACCCUGUGCUGUAGUCUCUCUCCUUCUACCCUGUGCUGUAGUCUCUCUCCUCCUACCCUGUGCUGUGUCUCUCUCCUCCUACCCUGUGCUGUAGUCUCUCUCCUCCUACCCUGUGCUGUAGUCUCUCUCAUCCUACCCUGUGCUGUAGUCUCUCUCCUCCUACCCUGUGCUGUAGUCUCUCUCCUCCUACCCUGUGCUGUAGUCUCUGUCCUCCUACCCUGUGCUGUAGUCUCUCUCCUCCUACCCUGUGCUGUAGUCUCUAUCCUCCUACCCUGUGCUGUAGUCUCUCUCCUCCUACUCUGUGCUUGUUUUCCAUCUUAUAUGCUUGCUGGCGUAGAGUUCUAACCAAUCUUAUGUCCAACUGGUGUAACCGGACCAGGUAGCUACAUGUAUUGACCAGGCCUCUGUCCUCCUCUCUUCCCUCUGUCCUCCUGUCCUCCCUCGGUCCUCCUGUCCUCCCCCUGUUCCCCUUCUUCACCUCUCCAGCCUUCCGCCAGGCCUCCCAUGGGAUCCAGAUGUCCUCCAUCAAGAAGAGAAGAUCCACUGAUGAGGAAGUGUUUUGUCUGCCUGUAAGUGUCCAGUCUGUCCACACCAUAGAUCAUUUAAUAGCUUUAUUUUCUAUGGUCCUCUGUUCCUUUUACCUGAGUUUUCCCCAGGGAAUGAACUGACCCCAUGAUGAUGUUAGUACAGUAUGGGAUUGAUUUGUUUAGUGCUGAUACUGUCUGUCCUAUAGAAAUAGAGCAAUAACACCAAUUAACAUAUAACAGUCUUUGUUGGAUACAUGAGACAGAAAACAAACAAUAUUUUGGGGAGCGUUUCAAAAUCAGUCUGAUCUUCAGAAUAAUAAUAUGCCAUUUAGCAGACGCUUUUAUCCAAAGCUACUUACAGUCAUGUGUGCAUACAUUUUUUACGUAUGGGGGUGGUAUCGGGGAUCGAACCCACUACCUUGGCGUUACAAGCGCCGUGCUCUACCAGCUGAGCUACAGAGGGUCCUCUGUCCAUACUGGCAAAAGCAACCCUGAUACACAUGGUCUCUAUAAUACAAUAUUACAUACAUUUCUGUAUGUAAUACAUUGUGUACAUUAUAUUGCAUACAUUGUAUAGAAUAUAUUCAUCUUGUGGUAUGUCCCAGCUGCUAACCAACCUCUCUCUCUCUCUCCCUCUAUAGAUUAAAGGCCGUGAAAUCUAUGAGAUUUUGGUAAAAAUCAAAGAGUCUUUGGAACUCAUGCAGUUUCUGCCUCAGCACACUGUAGAAUCAUACAGGCAGCAGCAGAACCUCCUGCAGAAACAGUGA